AUUCGUUCUAUUAGUCGACAAAGUUACACCGAUUGGAAAACAUCUUCGGCGAUUGGAUGAGAAAUCCAAGAUGUGUUACUCAAAUAAGUUCCUCUGGGCCAUAAUUUUUUCGCUGACGCGUUUAAUUGCUUCAAUCCACUGCGUGAAAAUAUUGGCCAUAUUUGCCUUCCCAGGUCCUUCACAGUAUAUUUUGGUUCAGCCCUUUUUAAAGACCUUGGCCUCUAAGGGUUAUGAGGUGACAUGCGUUAAUGCUUUUCCGCAAAAGCAGAAAGUGGAGAAUUUUCGUGAUAUCCCUGUGACAGAGGUUUUUGAAAGUUAUGCGGAUUUCAUAGCAUCCACCCAAGUGGAGGUCAACAAAUGGCAAGAGAUGACUUUGUAUUCGGAGUUUUUCUACAAUGUCACCGAAACUGUGUUCAAAAAUCCAGAAUUCCAAAAUUUAUUGAAAAAUGAAAAUUUCGAUUUGGUCAUAUUGGAAGCCUUGCACACAGAUGCCUGGUAUAGCUUGGGGAGACAUUUUGGUGCUCCUCUAAUUGGCGUGUCUUCCUUUGGCACUGAUCCUGUAAUUGAUGAACUAAUGGGUAACAUGUCACCAUUUUCCUAUACCCCCCUGGUGACAAUUGGCUAUACGGAUCGCAUGUCCUAUAAGGAAAGGAUGUGGAAUACAAUUUACCAAUUACUGGAACUGCUGCAUGUGCGGUGGGUGGGUCUGCCACGCCAUAGGAAACUGAUGGCAAAAUAUAUGCCUCACAUCAAGGAAGAUUUGUGGGAGUUGAGGACGAAUUUUUCGCUGAUGUUUUUGAAUCAACAUUUCUCGCUCAGCUAUCCUCGGCCAUAUGUGCCCAGCAUGGUGGAGGUGGGAGGGUUUCAAAUACACUACCAACCCAGCCCUUUGCCGGAAGAUGUUCUAGAAUUCAUCAACUCCUCUCAAGAGGAUGUAAUCUAUUUCUCCAUGGGUUCUAAUGUGAAAUCCAAAGAUUUUCCCCUGGAACGCAUAAAAAUAAUAAUAGAGGUAUUUCGUAAGCUGCCCUACAAAAUUCUAUGGAAAUUUGAAAACCCCCAACUGCCCGUUGAGAAGCCACCAAAUGUUUUCAUCAGACCCUGGUUUCCACAACCCGAUAUUUUGGCCCAUCCCCGUGUGAAGUUAUUUAUAUCCCAUGGCGGCCUGCUAAGUACCACCGAGGCCAUAUAUCAUGGCAAACCCAUAUUGGGUCUACCCGUAUUCUAUGAUCAGGCAAUGAAUGUCAGAAAAGCCAAACAAUUGGGCAUCGCCUUGGGUAUUAAUUUUUACACUUUGCCUCGAGAGGAAUUUGAGGGAGGAAUUGUGGAAAUUAUGACAAAUCCAGUGUAUCGAGAGAGGAUUAUGGAAAUUUCCCGAAUUUAUCAUGAUCAACCCAUGAAACCCAUGGAUGUGGCCAUAUAUUGGACAGAGUAUGUCUUGCGGCACCGGGGAGCAGCACAUUUGCAGACUCCAGCUCAGAAAAUGAGUUUUAUUCAGAAGCACAGCAUCGAUACGGUGGGUGUUUUGAUAGCAGUUGUUGUUCUUUUGCUUGUCGCUGUUGAUGUGGUAAUUGGCAGGAUUUUUAAGAGCCUGUUUUCAAAGAAAAUGGAGAAAGAGAAAAUUAAUUGAAAAAAUUAUUUUUAGGUGUUUUUAAAAAAUUAAAUUUUUU